CAACCCACGUUCAACGAAUUGCUACUUCGUAUGUGUUUGCUAUUUGCAAAUACUUCCUCGUUACUUUUGACUUUUGUCGCGGAGCGGUGGGGGCGGUGACUAGUAGUGUUGUACAUAGUGUGGCGCUCGUUUGAUUCAUACGAUUUGGCGAGCAGCGAGGUGAAUUCGUUUUUUCAGUUACAAUCGAAGUGAGCGCGUUCGCGGUUGUAAACGCAGUGGUCUGUGGUCAAACGUCUUCGUCGUCAUCAAUUUGACUAUCUCGCACUCGUUAUUGUGCCAUUUGGUUAAUUCGUUUUAUUGUAAUCGUACACAUUACACACGUACGCGUUGCUAAUUAAUUCCAAAUUACAAGUGUUAUAAGUGUUAUUUUCAUUAAAUAUUGUAUAAAUGUUCUGUGAGCCUUCGCUAGCUGGCAUUUGUUGAGCACACAACACAUUUUCAAAGUCGCUACAAAAACAAAAAAACAAGAAAACACGACGCCAACGAUUUUCAUUAACGCGCAUUUCUCGUUUCCGUCGGCAGCGCGAAGGUGGAAAUAGCGUCACAAAACGUUAAAUAGUUGCGUGUUUCUCGCGAUUUUGUAAGUGAAAAGUGCGUGAAUUCGUCGGAUGUGCCAAGAAUUGUCCUUAAAAAGUUUGGAAAUUGUAAAAAGUUGAAACCUAAAGAAUCGUGCGUGCUGCUGAUGUUGAUAUGAAUGGUGAGGUGUUUGGUGGGCAGUAGGCGGUGAUGCCAACAACACAACACAACACAACAAAAGCAAUGUGCUCCCCUUCGUUUGGCGUAUAAAAUACUCUCAAUUUGGUGUGGGGUAUUUUCGAAAUUCGCUCAUUUCAUGCUGAUUAGGUGGUGAAUUUCGUGUUUUUUGAACGCAGUAAUUGCAACAACAACAAUACUCAUACUACUACUAGCUCAACAACAAAACAAGAACUAUUAACAUACGCUGAAACUGAAACUGCAUGGGGCGGUGGGAGCUGGCGAGUCAAGUCAAGUCCAGUUCAGAAAAAGAGCGCGAGUAUCUUAUCGUGUACGUUGCGUUGCUAAUACCGGCUCGUGAGUGUCGCUGCGUAUUUUUUUCUCGUUUCUACUUUAAUGCAUUGGAAUGUUUUAGAAAAUGGCAAGAUACUUUUGCAACAACAACAAUAAUAACAAAGUGAUAAUCCCACGGGCGAAUAUUUAUUAAGUAAGAGUAAGUAAAUAAUAAAAAUUCAAAAAUUAAAAAAAUAAAUGUAAAUAAAAUUAAAGUUGGUCUGCUACAUAAUAAUAUUAACGCAAAAAAGAAUUAUAGUGUUGUGUAAAGAAAAUUGUUUUGCUUGCGUUUUUGUGCCAAGAAGUGCGAAUUUGAGAUAGUGUUGUGCGAAUUGAAAACUUUUAAAAAGAGUUUUGGAGUAAAGUGUAUCAAAAAUUUUUAAACAAAUAUACGAAAAUUUUAUUGAUGUUAAAUACAAUAUUGUUGUGGAAAAUCAUAAAUUACGGAACUAUAAAAUUGUUUGGCGUUUGUCGACGUUUACUUUUUGAAGGCUAAAAUUCUUCGGAAAAGGGAAAAUUAAUUUCGCAAUUGAUUAAAGUUUCAUCGCGCAACACAAGAACCUCAUGUGGAAGACACGUCGUCGGCGUCGCGUACAUUAAAUGCCAUAUACAGAGUUGCUUUUCUGAACAAAGUUUAGUCAUACGCUAGUUCAACACAAUUGAGCGGGAGCACGCACUCUCAAAUAGGAUUACUACAAUUGUUGCCAUAAAUUUAGAGCUUCAAAAGCCGUAAAAGCAGUCCAGGCGAUAAGUAGAAGAAAGAAAAUAAAAUUUGAAACCUCCAGUGGCUGUACGUAGAUAUUAAAAGGGAAUUAGACGUAAAUCAAGGAAUACAACGACUUACUAUUUUUAAGCGGUUGAAGUGUGAUUCACUUUGCUUAGAUCGGGCAUAUAUGCAAUUGAGAUUUAAUUGUCAACUUAAGCUGUUUUAAACACAAACUCACACACAGUUACAUUUGAAGAAAAAAAGCCAGGAAGCAAGCUUAGCACCCACAGUGGCCAUAGCAGCAGCGUCAGGAGUACGCUUUCCAACAACAACAACAUACUCUGCCACAAAGCGGAUAUUUUAUAUAACUGCGCUACCUGUUUGUUAAUCACAACAAAUAAACCAAUUGUACAACUACUGAAACCAUAUUCAAUUACCACAACAGCAACAACAAACAUAUUAUAAAAAUUUAAUGAAAACAUACAAUAACAAAAAACAGCAUAACCGUCCAUUAGCGAAAGCUAAAACCACCAGCCCCUUUGUGGCAUUGCUUAGUUUUUCCGAAGUCGAAAGCUAUGAAGCUUUCAAGCGCAUUUUUCGUAAAUAAACGGAAGAGCAACAAAGCAUAAGUACAACGCGUGAGAAUUAUAAGCACAUAGCGUUCCAAGUGCCAAUAGCAGCACUCUAAAUCGAGAUUGUACAUUAAAAAGCAGCGGAAAAACUUAGCAAAGGAAAAACAUAUUUUUUAUAAAAAAUUUAUUCUGUGAACCUCAUACAAAUAUUGGAGAUUUUUAUACGGCUUGCAGCGCGUUUGGGCACUUUUAUAAGUAGAGUUGACGAAAUUUACUAUUCGCCAAGCAUAACGGUGAUAUUAGUACAAAAAUGGGUAGGAAAAAAAUACAAAUAUCACGCAUCACCGAUGAGCGUAACCGACAGGUUACAUUCAACAAACGCAAAUUCGGUGUCAUGAAGAAAGCCUACGAGUUAUCGGUUCUGUGUGAUUGUGAAAUUGCGCUUAUCAUAUUCUCAUCCAGUAAUAAAUUAUAUCAAUAUGCCAGCACUGAUAUGGAUAAGGUCCUGCUCAAAUAUACUGAAUAUAAUGAGCCACAUGAGUCACUUACGAAUAAGAAUAUAAUUGAGAAGGAGAAUAAAAAUGGCGUCAUGUCACCAGAUUCACCCGAACAGGAAGCCGAUUUCACACUCACACCCCGCACUGAAGCCAAAUAUAAUAAAAUCGACGAAGAAUUUCAGCUAAUGAUGCAACGCAGUCAAAUGGCCGGUGCCAGCGCAUCCGGACGCAAUCUUGGCAAUACGAAUUACACACUGCCGGUAUCGGUGCCGGUGCCGGGCGCAUACGGUGAUGCCAUGCUGCAGGCGAGUCCACAAAUGUCCCACACAAAUAUAAGCCCACGGCCGUCAAGCUCAGAGACCGACUCAGGUGGGAUGUCCUUAAUAAUUUAUCCAUCGGGUUCCAUGUUGGAGAUGUCAAACGGUUAUCCGCAUUCACAUUCGCCGCUUGGUGGAUCGCCCAGUCCAGGACCGAGUCCAGGUUUAGCUCACCACCUGUCACACAAACAACAGUCACCUGGCGGCCAAAAUGGACGCGCUUCCAAUCUACGCCUCGUCUUACCAACACCACUUGCUCAAAAUAUGUCUGCUGCCGAUGAGAUUAGCUAUGGCGAUCAGCGACACAAUCAGGCAUCACUCAAUACGCCCGUGGUGACGCUGCAAACGCCCAUACCGAAUAUGUCAGGCUAUACAUUUGGGCCGCAAGAUUUCUCUAUGAGUUCCUCCGAUGUUAUGAGUUUACAGCCAUGGACACAUCAGGGACUCGUACAGCAUACGGGACUCCCCCAUUUGGCCGUACCGAAUAGCACACCACCGCCUGCCACCUCGCCCGUCUCGAUCAAAGUCAAAUCCGAGCCACAAUCACCGCCACGCGAUCUCUCCGGCUGUCAUCAUCAACAGAAUAGCAACGGUUCGGCGGGCAGUAGCGGCAGCGGUGGCGGUGGUGGCGGCGGUGGUUCAUCGAACAGCGUCUCUGCCGCCAAUGCGCUCGCGCUUGCCAACAUGAAUGCGACGGCGGUGAUAGCGGGCGGCGGCAGUGGAGGCAUCAAUUCGGCGUCCGAACAGGCGGCCAAUCUGAGUGUACUAAGUCAUCCGCAACAGCAUCUGGUGAUGGGCGGCUCACGGCCCUCCUCCACGGGACAUCUGACGCCAACGCAAGGAGUGCUAGAUAAAUAUGAAGGAUAUCAAUAUCGCUCGCAGCUGGGUGCGAAUUCUAGAGUAUGGAAUUUUGCCGACUUUAUAAUUUUCAAUACAGGUUCGGUUACGCCCACCAAUGUGCCAUCGCCCGAUUUACGGCUAACGGCCAACCAGCAGCAUCAGCAAGCGCAACAGCAGCAACAACAACAACAGCAAAUGAAUGACUACGAUGGACCGAAUCAGGCGCAUAAGCGGCCGCGCAUCUCCGGCGGUUGGCCACAAUAGCCGGCCCGAGAAGU